AAUACGAAAAUCGCUUCUCAACAGAAAAGUAGAGAACUUAGCGAUCUCGUAAAGCCAGAGGGAGAGAGUGUGUAGCCGUAAUAUCCAGUUGUAUCGCCGGAGUUCUCUACGAUCUCACCGGGAAAGUGAGUGUCAGUAGCCGGAAGCGGUUUGGUAUUCGGAUCGGAUUCUUUUUGAAGGGGAGCGGAGAUGGUGAAUUCUAUGGUGGAACGAGCCACGAGCGACAUGCUGAUCGGUCCGGAUUGGGCUAUGAACAUCGAGAUCUGCGACAUGCUCAAUCAGGACCCUGGGCAAGCAAAGGAUGUUGUUAGAGGUAUAAAGAAGCGCAUUGGCAGUAAGAAUCCAAAAGUUCAACUUCUCACCCUAACACUAUUGGAGACGAUCAUAAAGAAUUGUGGGGACAUUGUACAUAUGCAUGUGGCAGAGAAGGAUAUUCUUCAUGAGAUGGUGAAGAUAGUAAAGAAGAAGCCUGACGUUUAUGUCAAAGAGAAGAUAUUGAUCCUGAUAGAUACUUGGCAAGAAGCUUUUGGAGGACCAAGAGCAAGAUAUCCACAGUAUUAUGCUGCAUACCAAGAAUUGUUGCGUGCUGGAGCAGUGUUCCCUCAGAGAUCUGAGAUGUCUGCGCCUGUGUUCACACCUCCACAAACGCAACCCUUGACAUCUUAUCCUCCUAAUAUACGCAAUCUUGAUAAUCAGCAAGAGACAGCUGAGUCAUCUGCUGAGUCUGAGUUUCCAACCCUGAGUUUGUCAGAAAUACAGAAUGCACGAGGAAUCAUGGAUGUCCUUGCAGAAAUGCUAAGUGCAUUAGAGCCAGGGAACAGAGAGGGGCUUAGACAGGAGGUUGUUGUUGACUUGGUGGAACAGUGCCGUACAUACAAGCAAAGAGUGGUGCACCUUGUUAACUCAACUUCGGAUGAGUCACUGCUAUGUCAAGGAUUAGCACUGAAUGAUGACUUGCAGCGUUUACUGGCCAAGCAUGAAGCCAUUGCUUCCGGAACUUCUGUUCUUGCAGAGAAAUCCAAGCCUGAAACUGCUGGAGCACUUGUUGAUGUUGAUGGUCCUCUAGUUGUUACUGGAGAUAAUAGCAAACAACCUGAUGGGAGAUCCACCUCAAGUACCAAUGCAGGGCCACAGCCACUGAACCAGUUACUGCUUCCUGCACCUCCUGCAACUAAUGCUGCAGCGCCUUCAGUAAGGGUGGAUCCCAAAAUGGACCUGCUGAGCGGUGAUGACUAUAGCUCACCAAAGGCAGAAACAUCAAUGGCUCUGGUUCCUGUGGGAGGACAACUUCCGACCAGUCCUGUAUCUCAGCAAAAUGCCCUUGUUCUUUUUGACAUGUUUUCAGAUGCUAAUGCUGCUCCGAAUUCUGUCAAUACUCAAGCUGCCAAUCAGGCUGGACAAAGCAAUAUUUUGGCUUCGCAAAUAGAACAGCCACAGAAUUUUCAAUCUCCCAGAGGUGGAUUUUACCCAAAUGGAAGUGCCCCAAAUGUUGGAUCGCCUCAGUAUGAGCAGCCAAUGUACGUACAAGGUGCUGGUUCUGCCUGGAAUGGCCAAAUUGCCCAGCAGCAGCAGCUACCUUCAUCUGUCUAUGGUGCUCAAAGCAGUGCGUCAUUACCACCCCCACCUUGGGAAGCUCAGCCAGUGGACAACGGUAGCCCAGUAGCAGGUGCUCAAUAUCCUCAACCAAUGCAAGGCGCUCAGGUGGUUGUCACACACGGACAGAGUGGUGCACAUCCUCUGGGACCUCAACCGAUGGGGAAUGGCCAGAUGGUAGGUAUGUAUAUCCAGCCAAUUACAAGCAGUCAUUUGUCGGGAAUCAAUAGCCAGGUUGGUCAGAACCAGCAGUUGGGUUUGCACUCUCAGCCGAUCCAGGGUGGGCCAUAUAUGGGAAUGCUUUCGCAGCCAAUGCAAGCUGCCCAGAUGGCAUCUAUGUAUCCUCAACAGAUGUAUGGGAACCAAUAUGUGGGUUAUGGCUAUGGUCAGCCUCAAGGGGCGCAAUACCUAGACCAGCGAAUGUACGGAUUAUCUGUUAAUGACAACAAUGGCUUGAGAAACUCCUAUCAGGCCUCUACUUCAUCUUAUAUCCCAUCUAGCAAGCCUUCUAAGCCAGAGGAUAAGUUAUUUGGGGAUCUUGUUGAUAUGGCAAAAGUGAAGUCGAUGAAACCCACUCCUGGUAGAGCUGGUAGCAUGUGAACUCAUGACUGGUUUUGUUGCUUUUUCUUUUCAUCCAUUCUUUUUUUCUCUUGGUUUGCUAACUUGCUUCUUUUUCAUCUACAAUUAUUCAAUAUAUAUAAUUUUUGCGUUUGACCCUCAUUUGUGUUGCGUAUCUGACAUUGGCAUCAUGUACAUUCGUUGUAGAGGACAAAACAAAAGGAUAGCUCCCUUUGGAUCAAGAUAAAAUCAAUGAGAUUUCAUUUUUUUGUUUC